AUGACCCAAACUAUUAAUUGUUCCGAAAUGUCCAUUGCUAUCGCACAAGUUGGCACCGUGAUUUAUGACACUCCAUCGACUUUGGACAAAUUGGAACGGAUUACUAACGAAGUCGCUAACAAAGGUGCCAAGCUGAUUGUGUUCCCAGAGGCUUUUAUUGGUGGCUACCCAAAAGGCCUGGACUUUGGCAUUGUCUUGGGGACACGAUCACCAGAAGGUCGCGAUGAGUUUGCAAAGUACUAUAAUUCAGCGAUCGAAGAAAAUGGUCCGGAAUCUAGACGUAUAGCGGAACUUGCUAGUACUUUGGGCAUAAAUAUUGUGACCGGCGUUGUCGAAAAACAAGGAGGCACAUUGUAUUGUUCGGUUUUCUUCUAUGGACCCGAAGGAUACCUUGGAAAACACCGUAAGCUAAUGCCAACAGCUAUGGAACGAUGCGUAUGGGGCAACGGAGACGGAUCUACCAUGCCGGUGUACGAUACGCCUAUAGGAAAAAUUGGUGCUGGAAUAUGUUGGGAAAAUUAUAUGCCUAUGUAUAGAAUGACUUUAUACAAUAAAGGUAUAGAAAUUUACUGUGCUUGUACGGUAGAUGAUCGUGAUACAUGGCUUUCGACAAUGCGAACAAUAGCGCUCGAAGGCCGGUGUUUUGUAAUCUCUUCGGCUCAAUUUUUGAAGUCAUGCGACUAUCCAGAGAAUCAUCCAAUGCGUGAAAAGCAUGGAUUAGACAAGAUAUUGAUAAGAGGAGGCUCUUGUGCAGUGGAUCCGCUGGGUAAAAUACUUGUGGAACCAGACUUCACAAAAGAAUUAAUCCACUUUGUAAAUAUUGACCUCUCCGAUAUAGCACGUGCUAAGAUGGAUUUAGAUACUGUAGGGCAUUACAGUCGCCCUGAGGUAUUCCAACUGAUAGUAAACGAAAAGCCUUACCAUCCUGUGGUUCGACGCGCGGACUGACCGAGGACCUCUCUGGAAGAAAAAAGUCUUUGCUGCCUGCCAACAAAUUGCUCCAAUCCGGCUAAACCCUUCUACCUUCACUACCUGCUCAUCGAUAUUUCAUACAAUGUAAAUUGUCAUACUAACAUACGACAGCUUAUAUCAUGUCGAAUCAAAUAAUUGAGCAAAUAAUUCAUCCAUCGAAAGCACGACUACAGUGCUUUCCAAUUUGCAUCAGAUCUGAGCUUAUCAAUAAAUCACUUACACUGUCCCCACGUAUGUUCUUGUAUACAUGUAAUUCUUCAAGCUUCUUGGUCGACUU